ACUUCCGGGUGUUGCCUGCUAUGAAUCACGCGCAUUAUCGUCGCUGUAGCACCUUCGGCAUCCCGGAUACUCACCAGUCGGUGAUCACCAGCAGCAUCAGGUUUAGAUGUCUUUUAGAUAUCUAGUAGCAACACACCGCUGGAAUCAAGACGGUCGAGGAAAAAGCGCUGCUGAAACACACAACUCUGAAGACAUAUUUUUUAUCGUUACACCCACGUCUCUCUACUGUUGCUUUUUUCCCCCCUUCACAUUUUAAAUGAAUCUUGUAAGAUUUAUGAAUAACAGAGUUCCGUCCAAUAAGAGGUAUCAACCCACAGACUAUGAACAUGCUGCAAACUGUGCUACACACGCGCUGUGGGUAAUCCCCAGCCUAUUGGGCAGCUCUGUGCUGCACUUCCUGUCUGAGGACCAAUGGGAGCGCGUCUCAGCCUGGCUCUAUGGGGCGGGGCUCACCUCCCUCUUCCUCAUCUCGACUCUGUUCCACACGGUGACCUGGAAGAAAAGCCACCUACGGUCUGUGGAGCACUGUUUCCACAUGUGUGACAGAAUGGUGAUCUAUUUCUUCAUAGCAGCCUCCUACGCCCCCUGGUUGAACCUGCGGGAGCUGGGACCCUGGACCUGUCACAUGAGGUGGUUGGUCUGGGUGAUGGCCUCUGUCGGAACCACAUACGUCUUCUUCUUCCACGAGAGACUGCUUACUGGGACAGAACCACCGGACCGCGAGGGGCUGUGUGAGUUGUUAGUGGGCGGUGCCUGUUACUGUCUGGGCAUGGUGUUCUUCAAGAGUGAUGGCCUCGUCCCGUUCGCCCAUGCCAUCUGGCACCUGUUUGUUGCCAUGGGAGCAGGCGUCCAUUACUACGCCAUCUACCGGUACCUCUACACGCCAGCAGCCAAUCAGAUGAAGACAUCCAGAUGA